UUUUUUUGUGAAUUGGCUUAUAAGGGAUGUAAGCAUCAUUUGAUAUCAACAAUACACAGGUGAAUCGAUCGAAGAGUCUGGUUGCCAGCCACCCUUCGCCCUACCAUUUAACUCUCGCGCUAUCUCCGCACGUUAUCCCUCUUGGUUGUUAUUUCUCACACACAGUCAGUUUGUCCACUCAGUUCAAGACGGAGACUGCGCUGUAUCCUUCCAUUUUUACUUAAAAAAAAAAAAGCAAAAGAAAAACUUGUAUAUUCUAAUAACGUGUGCCAUUCGGGAUUUUUAUUAACAAAAUUAAUUAUUCACGACAUUGUACAAAAGCUGAAGUGAAUCAUUAUUUUUACAAUAAUGGAUUAAAAAAUCGAAUGGAUAAUAAAGUAGCCAUGUCCAGGAGAUCGAAGGAAAAAGUUGUUGCAGCUUUUAGAAAAUUAUUUCGUACAACAGAGAAAAUAAAUGAACAAGAAGGAGCUGGUGGAAGUUCAACAAAUUCACCAUCACGACGAUUAUUGAGUCGUCAUCAUCGGGCAGAUGUUGUUACACCUGCAGAAGGUACAUUAUCUGAAAAUCCCGGUGCUAGUCACACAAGUCAUGCAAAUUGUUUCUUUAAAUCAAAAAAAUCCACCGCACAUUGUUCACAGGCCAUUGCAGUACCUGAGAGAGGAGUUCGAAUGCGACGUUUAAUGAAGGAAUUAAGUGAAAUUCAACGUACUCAACAACGUAAGGAUUCAACUUUUACAGCUGAACUUGUGAAUGAUAAUUUAUAUGAAUGGCAUAUCAGAUUACAUAAAAUUGAUCCUGAGAGUAAAUUAGCGGCCGAUAUGAAGGAAUUAAAUAUUCAUCAUAUUCUUCUUCACGUUGUCUUCCCAGAAAAUUUUCCUUUUGCACCUCCAUUUAUGAGAGUGAUUUCACCACGAAUUGAAAAAGGUUUUGUAAUGGAGGGAGGUGCAAUUUGUAUGGAAUUGCUCACGCCCAGAGGAUGGGCCAGUGCUUACACCGUUGAAGCUGUGAUAAUGCAAUUUGCAGCAAGUAUUGUUAAGGGCCAGGGUCGAAUUGCAAGAAAACCAAAGACAAAUAAAGAAUUUAAUCGACGUUCAGCUGAGGAGUCAUUCAGAAGUCUAGUCAAAACCCAUGAGAAAUAUGGUUGGGUUACACCACCUUUAGCCGAAGGUUAAAAAAGCUCAUUGCCACCCUUUUUUUUUUAAAGAACAAAAAAAAGUGCCACAAGAAAGGAUUACAUUUUUCUUGGAAAUGUCAGUCAAAAUUCUCAACGAUUGUAAUUUGUUCUUCGAAUCUCGUGCCACUAUACAUAAUAAUAAUAAUUAAUAAGAAAAAGCUAUAAGCCAAAAGUUUUAAUUAGUAUGGUUUAUCGCAAAACAGUAGGAAACAUGAUCUCUUGUUAUAAAAAAUAUACAUAAAUAUUAUGUCUUGAGGAGUUAUUUGUUACACUAAAUAUUUGUAACCAAAAAAAAAGAAAAAAAACAGAUCUAUUAGCGUGUCGUUAUUUUUUUAUAACGAAUUUAAUUUUCAUGUUAAGACGUGUGCCAUCCGUCGAUAAUUAUUUAGAGUAAUUUAGUAAGAAAUCGUAACAAACAAAAAAUAAUAAUAAAUCAAAUUUACGUGUAAUUCGUGAAAUUUGAUUUUUCCUGUUAUUUAAAUAAUUUUUUUUUUACUAAAUAAAUUUUUCUUUUUGGAAAAAAAAUAAUUUUAAUGUUAAUUUUCAAUUUUUUUUUUUUUAUUAAAACAAUAAUUUUCAACAAUAAAUUAAAUUUUUAAUAACAAUUUACCAAAAUGUAAAACAAUUUCUACAUAUAUUAAAUAAAAAAGUUGUUUUGAAAUA